AUGGCUAAACGAACAUCUGGCGCAGUGGAAAGCCGCAGAAAAAAGCAACGUGCCCAUAAUGACUCGUUACUUCUGUCUGGAGUUUUUUCGAAAGGAUCAGCGGACGUGGAGGACUGGGAAAACGCAGAACAAGACUAUGAAUUGGCACCAAGAUCUCUUGACACAAAAGAAGUGGUAGAGGGAUUGCCUAUCAAAAGAGGAAAAGUGGUGGAAAGAGUGGUGAGAGAAAAGGAAGUUCAGGAAGAAGAUGAAGACAAUGAAGAGGAGGAAAAAGUCGAGGAACAGCCUGUGGAGCCAGAAAGUGAGGUCGACGAGAAGAUCGAAGAGGAUAAUUUAACUCCACAAGAAAAACUUGCCAAAAUCAAAGAGGAAAUCGCCUCAUUAGCAUCACAGUUAAUGGAAGACCCCGAGGAAAACAUUUCUGCGCUUACAAAGCUCAGAGUACUUGCUGAAUCCGAGGAGUUUGCAACUAGUCAGUUAGCUAUUUUGGCUCUUGUGCCAGUGUUCAAGUCUCUUGCUCCAGGCUACCAGAUCAGACCAUUGACGGAAGUCGAGCAGAAGGAACGUGUCAGCAAGGAAGUGGCCAAAAUGAGAAACUUCGAGCAGGGCUUAGUCCACAACUACCGUCACUAUAUUGAUCUUCUCAGCAAGCUUGCCAGAGUGCUGGCACUGAACUCUAGCGGAAACAAGAAGGUUACGCCAUUCCAGAUUAAGCAGGGCCACACAGCCACAAACGCAGCUUGUGAGUUGUGUCUUUCAUCGUUGAGACACUUCAACUUCAAGCUCGAUCUUUUCACUAUUCCUGUCCGCAGACUCAACAAGAAGCCGCUGGAUAAGUCUGAUGUGCAGUUGUUCUACAAGUGUUUGAGAACACUUGAGACCUUGCUCAAGGACGAUAAGGACCAUGGAAGCAUCACUUUUGACAUAGUAAGAAUCAUGACCAAAACCAUCAAGGACAAAAAGUUCCGUGUGGACGAGUCUGUCAUUAAUGUCUUCUUGAGUCUUUCCUUGUUGGCUGACUACGAUCCUCAUGGCAUGAAAGAUACAGACAACAAAGUCAAGACUAAAAAGAAGGACAGAGUACAUCUCUCGAAGAAGGAAAAGAAAGCCAGAAAAGAAAUGAAAGCCAUUGACGAGGAAAUGCGUAAGGCAGAGCAAACUAUUACGGCAGAGGAACGUGAGAGAUUUCAAGCUCAGACUUUGAAAUUGCUCUUGAAGUUCUACCUUGAGAUCUUGAGGGCCGCAUCUACAUCAGUGGAUGAAAAGUCUGAAGCGUCGCUAUUAAUGGCUGCCGUCCUCGAAGGAUUAUCGAGAUUUGGUCUGAUGGCCAAUUUUGACUUGUUUGGAGAUUUCCUCGAAGUUUUAAGAGAAACGAUGUUCAACAUUAUCGAAGAACACACCCUCGAAACCGACAAAUACGGAGUCGGCGAGGUGUCUGAUUCUGGAGGAGUCUACACUAAAGAUGAGGCUAGAAAGUUGCUUCUUUCUAUUGUCGCUGCAUUUGCAUUGAUGGUUAACCACAAGGAAGUGGGAAGACUUCCGAUUUCCGUAGACUUGUCCAAGUUUGUGUCGUCCCUUUACACCAUUCUUGCCGACUUGAGUCUUGAUACCGACAUGGAAUUUUCUCACAAAUCGCUCAGACUCGCAGAUCCACUCGAUGACUCUGGUUUUGCUUUCAAACCCGCAGUCAACGUUUCAACGGAAGCAGAAUUGCUCUUGAAGAGUCUUGACUUUAUCUUUUUCCGUUCCAGGGUUGGCAGUCAGGCUCGUGCCAUGCCUUUCAUUAAGAGACUCUAUAUGAGUGCAUUGCAAACUCCAGAAAAGACAACCAUUGCUUUGUUGAAGUUUGUAGGUAAGCUUCUUGGAAAAUAUGGAGAUGGAUUGAAAGGAUUGUGGAGCACAGAGGAUACAAUUGGCGGAGAAGGGGACUACGUUCUCGGCAUCGAGAAAGAAGGUUUCGAGGUGGACUACGAGAGAAGUAAUGUGGGUUCGGCUGUUCUUUGGGAGAACGUUUUGCUCGACAAGCACUACUGUCCCGUAAUUAGAGACGGAUCAAGAAGUUUGAUGAAGAGCAGCAAAGCCAGCAACAGCCGUUAA